GCCGAGUGGUGGGGACAGACGUGCACGCUGGUCAUUCGUUACGCUUCGCUCAGGAACAAGGAGUCUGACCCCCACCAAGCUGCCCAGUGCGCUGAGCACGCGCGUAAGUUGAUCGAGCAGCUCGACGGUGUGGACGACGCGACCUAUUUCGGCAAGAAGCAAGAUCCCCAAGAGAUUUUCGCCUGGAAGGGUAUGGUCGCGAACCUGGACCUGGUACCUCUUCAGUCUUUACCAGAGCUACAGGAGAGAACUCGCAGGUGGGCCGACCUCUCAAAUGCUCGGGCCAUGAUGGCCUCCAGGUCCCAGUUCAUGAAAUGGGCCCAGGAGAUGUGGGCCACAAAACCAAGGGCUGUUCACAGGCACGUCAAGCCUGCUGCGGCCCCUGUUUGGGAAAGUAAGGACCCCUUGGGCACCGUCACUUCUGACAGCCAAGAGAUGUUGCAAGGUCUGGCAGCGGAGUGGACGACUAUGUGGACCGAUCCAGUGGACCAGCCGCAGCACAUUCUGGAUAUGAUGCAGAGGUGUUUGGAUGCUGCGCGCGCUGACCCGCUUCCUGCCAUUACCUUGUUGGAUCUGGAUUCUGUUCUGCCCAGGUUACCUGCGAAGAAGGCGAAAGGAGUUGAUGCGAUGAGCCCGUUGGACAUCCAGCGACAACCAGCACGCGCUCGUCAACUCUUCGUGGACACCCUGAACGCUGUCGAGGCGGCGGGCGCCUGGCCUUCGGCGAUCAGCACUGUGCUGGGGGCUGCCAUCCCGAAAGAGGCCGGCGGCUGUCGUGUGCUGGGACUGGUUCCUAUGGCCCACAAGGUUUGGUCCAAGAUUCGCUCUCAGACGACCUGUGAAUGGUCGGCCUCUCUCUCUGCCGUUUGGGAUACUGCGAUAGCGGGAUCUUCAGCCUUGAGGGCGGCGCUGAUACGUGCUGUGUUGGACGAAGGCGCCCAUGAGCUGUCCUUCGAGCACGCUACUUUGUUCUUGGACUUGACCAAGUUUUACGAUUCUGUGAGCUUCGUGUUGCUGAUGAGGGCCGGUUUGGAUAUUGGACUUCCACCGAUUAUUGUGUUGCUUGAGAUAUGCUUGUACUCGGCCCCUCGGCUACUGAAGAAAGGCCAGAUGAUUUCUGACACGAUCGAGGUGACCAGGUCGAGAGUUGCAGGGUCAGGGCACGGGGUUCCGCUGGCCAAGGUCAUGUUGCACAGACUUCUGGAGACAGUGCACCGUGCGGUUCCCCCUGCUGGCCUGUGGAGCUACAUCGACGACGCAGUCGGCCGUGCCGAGGGCUCCAAGCAGAAGGUGAUUGCUGAUUUGGAGGCAACGGCAGAUGUUAUGGCUACUGGCUUGGGCGAGUUACGUUUGCAGAUUUCUUCGAAGACCAAGCUGGUGGCCAGCAGUGAUGACAUUGGUCGUGAGCUGCAGAAGCGGUUGAGGAAGAAAGGUAUUCCAGUUGAGCACGUGAGUGCCACAGUUGACCUCGGCUCGGAUGCUGCCGCUGCUCGUAGAAGGGCCACUCUUCGCAUGAACAAGAGGCGACCCUGCUUCAAGCUGGCUGGGACCCAGUCCCCCCUGGUCUGGUCUCGUCCGCUACCUGAUGGCACGAUUGAUGAUUGGCUCUUCCCGAGUUUCGGCGACGAGCAAUUCGGCACUGCAGUAUUGGCGUACUUUGAUGACAUGCUGGGCGCCGUCAUGGAUGAUUGUCUGAUGCAGCAGUGGCAGGCCGCCUCGCAGCACGAGGCAGGAGAGGACUUAGUGAACGGCGCUGACAUGACCACGGUGACCAUCGAGCUGAAUCGGUUCGCCAAGAAGCUACAGUUCGAAGAGAGGUCCGCGGACAUUGCCGUCAUCGGGGGCGGCCAGUG